AUGGCUGACGACCAGCGUGAGACUGCAACCUUUUCAUCUCGUAAUACCAAUACUGACAGGAAAGAGCGAGAUUCGUCCAGAGACGAAGGCCGUCGGCGCAGCAGAUCUCCUCGCAGAGACAGGGAAAGAGACAGACGUGAAGGCCGACCUCGGCGCAAGGAUGCAGGCUUCAAAUGGAAGGAGAAGCGCCAGGACGAUACCGAACCCAGGCGAGACCGCGAUCCCGGCCUUCAGCGCGGCUACAGAGACCAUUAUCGACCACGAUCUCGAUCCAGGUCACCGCCUCCGCGGGCGCGUUUCCCGCGUGGCUACGAUAGGGACCGACCAACGAAGAGCGAUGGCGCAGAGAGCAGGCAGCCGGAGGAACGAAAAGAAAAGAAGGAAAAGAAGGAGAGAAAAGCUGCACCUCCGACGCCCAGCCAGCCCAUGAUCAUUGUCUAUGUCAACGACAGAUUGGGCACGAAGAAGGCUAUACCAUGUUAUCCCACGGAUCCAAUCAAGGACUUCAAGGUCAUAGUCGCUUCGAUGAUUGGUCGGAAACCCCACGAGAUCCUGCUGAAGCGACAGGGAGAGAGACCGUUCAAGGAUCAACUUACAUUGCAGGAUUAUGGUGUUAGCAAUAACGUCCAACUCGACCUCGAAGUCGAUACGGGAGAUUGA